AUGGUCAACAGGACUGCACUGAAGCAUGUCCAUGAACUAUAUGUUGAUGCAAACCACCCAGUGUUUGACUUAGUACCACAUGCAUUGAAUGCACACUUGGAGGAGUGCUAUAACAUUCUUGGACAUCCUGCCAUCACUCACUUCACUGUUUGGGAUGUCUACCUUGAGCUACUACAUACAGUUCAGCACCACACCCUUUUGCCAUUGCUCUCUGCUUCACUAUCUGCAGAUGCCAAAGCAAAAGACUCCCUCCCACUACUGAAGGGUCAACAUGACCUUCCAUUUCCCAAAACUAAUGGUGGCUAUUAUUACAUGGGCAGAGUUGGUGGGGGCCUCAGUCUGGAUGAAAUUCAUGUGCAGUGCCUUGAUGUCUUGGAUGAUGCUGAGAAUGAACCCAAUGUUAUUGAGGGCCCUGAUGUUGUUGUCACAGAAUUUUCUGAUGAAGAGGGGGCUGAUAAUGAGGAUGACUGGAGCUAA